UUUGUGAUCAGCGCGCAUCCGGCGACAUAAUGUGAAUGAAGCGAAGAAAAUCGAUUGGAAUGCACCUGAAAGAUUCCAAUUCUACGUCCUGAACCACGACAUGGCACUGGCGCGGUUAACGUCUACUCGUCGAGUUCUCUCGCGUCACUGAUGUCCUCGUCUCAUCUUCGAAGUAAAAAAAACAAAACAGUUCAUACCAACCCUCCAUAGCUACAACCUCUCUGUUGCGUGUGUCACUGACCACGUGCCUGAAAAAUUGUAACUGAAGGUUCCAUUCAUAGAUCUUUCAAGACUUUCUCAUAAAUGUUCAAUUCCGUGGUCGUUUGCAUCAACGCGAGUUUCAGAACCCAACAUUUCAAGAACAUAGUGCACUUCCAUCGUCUUCACGGGUAUUGCAUCAGGGCUGUGAGUGUGGGCUUCGGUUUCCAUUUCGAAGCACUGAGAUUUGCUCGAAGUUGCCGGCCAUGGCGCCAGGCUUCUUGAAUUAUGUUGGACACACAAUCUUUCGCUUUGGAGGGGGUGGAGAUGGCAAUGGUAAAAGUGGGGCAACCGAGGAUGACGAGCCUCUCCGCUUAGGCCACAGUGGAGAGCCAUUAUACACCACGUUGGGCGGCCACCCUGUUUCCGACGACAAUAAUAGUGUCACAGUUGGUGAGAGCGGAACCCUGACGUUUGAAGAUCUGCAUUUGUUCGAAAAGAAUGCGCAUUUCAACCGCGAGCGCAUUCCUGAGCGUGUGGUGCAUGCUAAGGGAGCUGGUGCUCACGGUUACUUUGAAGUGACACACGACGUGACUGAUCUUUGCAAGGCGAAACUCUUUGAUGAAGUGGGUAAGAAGACGCCCGUGUUUGCUCGAUUUUCCACCGUGACUGGUGAGAGUGGGUUUCCGGAUACUGCCAGGGAUCCUCGUGGGUUCGCUCUCAAGUUUUACACCGAGGAAGGUAACUGGGACAUGGUGGGAAACAACACGCCGGUCUUCUUCGUCCGCGACGCCUUGAAGUUUCCCGACCUCAUCCACUCCCAGAAGCGUAACCCGCAGACUCACAUGAAGGAUCCCAAUGCAUUCUGGGACUUUCUGAGCCUGGUUCCUGAAUCUUUGCACCAGGUUUUAAUUACUUUCUCGCCGAGGGGGGUUCCCGACGGCCAUCGCCACAUGCACGGCUAUGGCUCUCAUACAUACAAGUGGAUAAACAAGGAAGGAAAAGCUCACUGGGUCAAGUUUCAUUUCAUUAGCGAUCAAGGCAUCAAGAAUCUCACUCACGAGCGCGCUGUUGAGCUUGCGGGGAUCAAUCCAGACUACUCCACAGAGGAUCUGUUCCAGAACAUUCAGAAGGGUAAUGGCCCAUCGUGGACAUUCAAAGUGCAAGUCAUGCCUCUUGAGGAUGCUGCGUCGUACCGAUACGACCCGUUUGAUUUGACGAAGGUUUGGCCUCACAAGGAUUACCCACUGCGCGAAGUAGGGAAGUUGAAGCUUGAUAGAAAUCCAACCAACCACUUCGCUGAGGUCGAGCAAUCAUCUUUCUCGCCUGCACAUAUGGUUCCUGGAAUUGAAGCAUCACCAGACCGCGUUCUCCAGGCUCGUCUUUUCGCUUACGAUGAUGCUGGUCGCUAUCGCCUGGGCUCAAAUCACUUGCAAAUUCCGAUCAACCAGUGCCCAUUUGCGAGAGUGCAAAACUAUUCUCGUGAUGGGCUAAUGACUGUUACUGAGAACGGUGGCAGCAAGCCGAACUAUUACCCCAACUCAUUUCCAGAUUUGCCGCGGCCCGAUGCUUCUCAGCCUGACGUGCAUCCUUACAAGCAUGAAGGAGGAAUUGUUUCAAGAACCCCACCCCGAAAGUGGUCGAUGCAGGAUGAUUAUGAGCAACCUCGGGCUCUUUGGCAGACCAUGUCUAAGGAAGAUCAGGGGCAGACUGCCAAAAACAUCGCUGGCCACAUACAAGGGGCUCAAGAGUUUAUCAUUCAGCGCCAAAUGGGUAUAUUUAAGCGCUGUGACCCUAGCCUUGCUCAAAAAGUGGAAGAAAUGCUGGAAAUGAAGAGAAAAUCUCAAGACCCUUACACCAUGGUAGCGUGAUUUUUAGUAAAAUUCCACUGUAAAGUGUAGCUUUUCCUACCAGAGGCGAUUUUUAUAGCUCCUCCUCCAUGACAACUGCAACAGUUUUGUCGGAAUUUCUUCAAAUUUGUAUAGAAACAAAGUUUGCUCAGCAACCUUCUGCGUCAUGGAUGAUGUGCAUAGUACUUCUGUUAGGUCGGGAUCUCAACCAAUUCUAAAGCUUUUUAGUUUUAAUCAAACUUCCUGAUACAAUCUCUGCGUUGGGCUUUGUCCU